AAAUUAGGUCGGGCUAUAAAUAACAAAUUGCAUUUUCAUACACCUAUCGGCAGAAACUUUGUUUGAGCCCUCGAAGAAUCUCGAAAAUACACACAAAAAUGACGUUACAUUUUCGAUUCCACCGUUGAUAUAACGCUUAAAAUCCGUCAUUAGAAGCAUAAACAUCGCAACCGGAAUCUUUUCCAGUUCAAAGAUCUCAGAUUUAUUGUUAGCAAUGGCGAAAACUCGACCAGGCAAGAGAGACUUGGAAUUCUACACCAUCAGAGGCACCAAUAAAGUAGUCCGAGCUGGAGAUUCUGUGUUGAUGAGAUCUUCUGAGAAUGAGAAGAACCCGUAUGUAGCUCGUGUGGAGAACAUAGAAGCGGAUGUCAAAGGAAACGUGAAGGUUAAAGUUCGAUGGUAUUAUCGUCCAGAGGAAUCAAUGGGAGGGAGAAGACAAUUUCAUGGGAUAAAAGAGUUGUUUUUAUCCGACCACUUUGAUAUCCAAAGUGCUCAUACAAUUGAAGACAAAUGUAUUGUCCAUUCCUUCAAGAAUUACACCAAGCUUGAGGAUGUGGGACCCGAGGACUACUUUUGUAGAUUUGAGUACAAGGCUGCCACCGGAGGGUUCACGCCUGACCGUGUUGCAGUGUAUUGCAAAUGUGAAAUGCCAUAUAAUCCUGAUGACUUAAUGGUGCAAUGUGAAGCUUGCAAAGACUGGUAUCAUCCAACUUGUUUGAAUAUGACUACUGAGCAGGCAAAGCAAUUAGAUAGCUUUACAUGUUCUGAUUGCUCAUCUGAAGAUGUUAAGAGACCUCCAAAUAGAAAUUCUUCAUCAUCUCUGGUCAAUGGCAAGGGUGAACACAAGCGACAAAAGAGGUGAUUUCUCAGUUGGUGUGGUUGAAGAGAGAGGGUUGUACCAUGUGUUAUGUGUGUUGUACAGUGCAGAAAACAAAAACUAACUCAAGAGUCUUUUGGUUGGAAAACAGUUAGUGAUGAGAAAAUUGUAGGUUGAACUUUAAAUUGUAUUUCCGGAUUUCUCCUUUCAAAUUUGGUUGUUUUCUAGGCAUGUGUGUGUUUUUUUUUCUACAUGAAAUGUUGUUUUGAUAAAUCAUAUUUAAAAAUCACAGACACACUUGGAG